GAUGGACCAAGGAGACGAGGAGAGGAGGAGAUGAACCGUUUCCUCAGAGCUGUGGAGGAUGGAGGUCUGCUGAGAGGCUGCAGGGAGCUGUCCCCCAACCACACCUCCUCCUGCAUCUCCAUCACCGCCUCCUCCUCCUCCUCCUCCUCAGCCGACAGACACGCGGCCCUGCCCUCGCUCCAGACCCGGGGACCUGGCGGGUCGGAGCCGAGGAGAUCCGCGCUGAAACGCAGCCGAGCCGGCCGGGAGGGACGAGGGGAACCGGGGCUGGAGGACCCGUCCGCGGCCGCCGCGGUGCGCUGCUGCUGCGCAGGAGGAGACUCGAGUGCCGGGAAGCAGCAGCUGCGGAGCCGGGAGAGUCAAGGACGCAGCGUCGGUGCAGAAGGAGCCGGGAUGAUCUCCGCGGUCAUGAGGGAGGCGGACGGAGGCGUCUGCUCCGACGUGACCGCGGCCUCCAGCGCUGCGACAUGCGCAAAAGGCAAAGAGGAGCGCAAGGGGAAGAACAUGAUCCGCGGCUGGAAGAGGGACCGGGACCGGGACAGGGACAGGGACCGGGACAGGGACAGGGACAGGGACCGGGACCGGGACCCCGCUCCUCCUGCCGCUCCCUCUGUCCGGCAGAGGAAGGAGAGAAGCGGGGAUGGUGCGUCUCCUCCUCCUCCUCCUCCCUCCGUCUUCCUCUCGUCGUCCGCCCUGCCCGAGCAUCAUCUGUGCCGCGACGGCCCCGGACUGUGCCGCUGCGACCCCAGGACCACAGCUGGAGACAGCAACAACAACAACAACAACAACAACACAAACACACACACACACACACACAGCUGCUGCGGCGGAGGGAGGAACGCGCUGGAUUGUGGAGCUAAAGGCGGCGGCGCUAUUGUUGUCAGGCGGCAGCAUGACGACACGCCGGCCGCCAAGAAACACAGAGCAGCCGAGAAGGUCGACCCCAUGUUCACUGUGCCGGCCCCCCCCGCUCCGGGCCACCCCGGCUCCUCUCUGCCCUCGGCUCCUUCCUUCUCCCCUCCGGCCCUGCCCACCUCCAACCCUAAGCAGAUGGCAGUGAGGACCAGGUCCAUCGGCACCAACACCCAGGAUGGAGGCGUCUCUGGGCCGCUGGAGGGCGACCCGGCCGGUCUGGGGCCGUGUCAGCCCGGGACCAGCGUCAACCUGGAGGGCAUCGUGUGGCACGAGACCGACGAAGGUGUUCUGGUGGUGAACGUGACGUGGAGGAAGAGAACGUACGUGGGAACCUUGUUAGACUGCACCAAACACGACUGGGCCCCCCCGAGAUUUUGUGAGUCGCCCUCCAGUGACCCCGAGCUGCCAGGCGGACGUGGCCGGGGGAAACGGAUGCGAAUGGCCAUGGCCGAGCGUCCCUGCAUUGAGCCGGCGCCCGCUGCCAAAGUCAGAGGUCUCACACAGCACAGGAGCCGUGGAGGAGGCGUGGCUGGAACCUCUGCGCCGAUGCACAGCAAGGGACGGAGAGGCAGCCUCAACCUCAUCAACAGCACCUGCCGAGCUCCACCUUCUUUCUUCACCGUGGAUGAUGUGAAAUCUUCGCACAGCGCCCCCACCCUUUCGUCUGGGAAGCGAAAGAACAAACCUCCGGCCGACCUGGACCUCAGCCUGGUCUCUUCUGACGACAUUAAAAAUGGAAACGGGAAGCGGAUUCGAGCCAAAUCCCGCAGCGCCCCGUCCACACCCCAGGGCAAAUCUGACCCCUCAUUCAUGGAUCCAGGGGGAGGUUGUGCCUCUUCACCACCCCCACCCAUUCUCAUUGACUGUCCCCACCCCAACUGCACUAAACGCUACAAGCACAUCAAUGGACUGCGCUACCACCAGACACAUGCACACCUGGAGGCCGAGGAGCAGAGGAAGCCUGAGCUGGAGCCCAUGAAGGAUGGAGAAAGUGAGGAACGACUAUCAGACUGUGAGGACACCAUCAGCAACAUAACAUAUGACCUCACAGAGCCUAACAACAGCACUAAUGCCAACAGUUCCUCUAAGAAACCUGCACCUCUCUACAAGGUGACCACAGUAGGGUCUCCUAAGAACAGACGGCUACUCCUGAGUACCGACCACAGCCCCACAGCUAACUCUAAAACCAGAAGAACCUCACUGCUAAAAGAUGGGCUUAUUGAUGACCUCAGCAAUCUGCCCAUCAUCUCCAACAUGACCGUGGUCCUGGAGAACUGCAUGGUCCCAGACAGGAACUCCAUGGUGGAGAUGCCCAAACUUGAAGCUGAAGGUUUGAUCGACAAGAAGGGAAGUGCAUGUGAUAAAGGCAAGAAGGCCAAUGGGAAGGUGGAGAAACUUUCCAAGUCACGGACAAACCGGCCAAUUGCUCCAGCUCCUGCUCCUCCCAAGCUGAUCGCCAUACCCAAUGCAACGUAUCCCCCCGGCACAGCAGAUACUGCCCCCCCACAGCAGCCCUCUCCCAUGGCAGCUGUGGGUCUCACGAGUAAAACCCUUCCUCUAAAACCCAUCAAACCAAAGCUGAGCAUUGUUGUGGAGCCGAGCCUCGUCAAAGCAACACUGGUUACCUGCAGCAAAGAGACGAGGAAGAAGGAAAAGCGGAGGCUGAAGGACAAACAUAACAAAGACGAGUCCACCAGGACACCUAAUGGAGACAGCAGCGGGAUCAAAAUGGAGGAUGGUGUUGGUGGAUCUAAAAUGGGUGUCAAGGAAAUUUCUGGAAGCCUUCUGAAGGAACACCUCAGCAAGCAGGACGUGAUGAAUGGACUCACAGAAAGCCAAGAGAGCAGGAUGGCCAGUAUCCGUGCAGAGGCCGACAAGGUCUACACCUUCACCGACAACGCCCCCAGUCCCUCCAUCGGCAGUUCAUCACGGAUCGACGCAGGUGGGAGUUGCUUGGUAGCAGCUGACAGCAGCAGCAAGAACAACAGUCCCGCUUACUCCGACAUCUCAGAUGCCGGGGACGAUGGAUCCUCUGAAUGUCGGUCAGAUGGGCUCAGAUCCAAGUCUAGCUCGUCUGCCUCUUCUGACGUGAGCUCUAACGGUAACCAUAGUAACUCUGGUAAAACCCCUCCCACUUCAUCUGCCCCAUCUUCUAAAGACUCCCAGUCUCCAUACUACCACAGCUACGAACCCUACUACCUGCCGGGGUACAUGCAGUCGGAAAGGCAGAACAGCAGCAGUGUUACUUUCCACAAAAGCUCUGCCCAUGACGGCAAAGGGAAAGACAGAAAGGAAGAAGUGAAGGAGGAUGACAAAAGCUCUUCCAACGAGUUCUUGGACUCUAAGAAAGGCGAUGGGCCGCCUCAAUCUCAGCUGCAGCUGGCAAUGAGUCAGACCCAGACGGCGUUAGCCCAGUCCCUGUACUAUGGCCAGUACUCCAGAGGACUUUACAUGGACCAGAAACUGUUACUGGCCUCCAAAUGCUGUGACCAGCCACCAGGUGCCAAGCAGAGGGGCGAGAGGGGUCAGGGGUUGAGAGACAGUGAGGACCUUAAACAUAUGGUUGGAGGACCAGCCAGUGGACCCUUGCUAGGGAAGGGUCCGGACGGUGCUAAAGGCUGCUGUCCCAAACCCAUCCUGUCCUACGUGGAGAUGAGUGAGAGAGGAGAAAGGGGACAGGGUCUGAGCUUGAAGGCGGUUCACGGUGGACUGGUGGACCAGCACCAGGUCUCGAUGAAAGACUGUGAUGACAUCAAGUCACCCUCUUCUUCCUCUUCUUCAUCACUCCACAACGCGAACAGUCAGACAGAUCUGGACUCAAAUGUUUCCUUUUCCAGUCCCUCAGACGGACCGGCCUGGGCUCACCGCCUCGCUCACAGCAAAUACUCCGAGCUGCAGCACGGGGAGGAGGCCGAGGAGGGGGAAGCAGACAGGGGCAAAGAAUGGGGAGCUACCGUGGAGCCGGCCGGGGCCAAGAUGACCUCAGGAGGAGGAGACAGAGGAGCAGGCGGGGAUGCUAAAAAAGCCAGGGUCCAUGGAUCCCACGAUCUCCCACCAGCCCUCGACCCCGAGGACUCCGACCGGCUGGAGGGGCUGGACGAUCAGGGUCAGGAGCCAAUAGGAGGGCUGUCUGAGGAGUCUCAGAGUGCCCGGGCAGCGGUGUCUCCUCCCAUGACGCCCCAGCAGCCCUACAUCCAGUACCAGCACUCCUCCUACCCGCCCUACCUGGCAAUGUGCGAGAGCAGCGGGGCCUCCUACAGAGGGGUGUCCCCAACGCUGGUCCACAACUACCCAGGUUUCCACUACCCUCUGUACGGUAAGACGGCCGGCAGGGAGGAGUCAGAGGUGACCCCAGCCGGCAGAGGGGGGGCGGUGAGCAGCAAGCAGAGCAGCGACUCCACCUCUCCCUCGGCCAUGGAGCUGCUGCAGCAACAGAGCCACCAGUACCACGGAAAAUCUCCUGCUCCUGGAGAGAAGGGUUCCCCGGAGGGAGAGAGAGAGACGGAGAGAGAGAGGAACCACGUGUCGUUCGCCCGACACCUCCACACACACCACCACACACACUUGGGUAUGAGCUACAACCUGAUGUCAGGGCAGUACGACAUCUACCAAGGGUUGAGCUCCAGGUCGCUGGUCUCCAGUCAGCAGGUGGCAGGACACUCCUCUACUGAGGCCGAAGGGAAGAAGUAGGACCAUGUGACCACGUCUCACAUGAGGAACGGCAGAUUUAUCAGACAUCAAUUCCAUGGUGUUGAAUAAGCUUCGCCUCGCUGAGAGGCAGAGAACAAGAAAAUAACCUCUUUCAUUUCUUACUGAUGACAACCACCUGUUUUAUAACACGUCUCCCAGGAGCAGACGGGCGGCCUGAGGGACGGACUGAGGGACGGACAGGAUGUGGACCUUGUUGAACUUCCUGUAUAAAUCCUGAAUCACAAACUUUUCAAGCUUCAGUUUUGCAGAGUUUUGACCGAUGCAGGUGGCGCAGACGAAACUAAACAUCCCAGAGCGCAGCGCACGCAGCUCUUUAUAAAAUGCACAUUUAUCGUAGUGUAUUAUGACGAUGAUAUGACUGAAUGUAAUGAUGAUGACUUCAUUUAUCCCAAUAGUGUUGAUGGUUUUUUAAAACUUCUAUUGGGAAACAGCAGUAGGAAGCUAAAAAGUCUAUUAUUCUCCUUAUUAUUCUCAUGAUGAUAUUGAAGUGGUCCUCCUCCCUCCAUAGUGCUGACGCUACAUUUGUAUUACUAACCUGUACUUGAGCGUAACCAUGUUGAUUGUAUUGUCUUUAUGUGAGAGUAAACUUCACAUCGACCUGCCCAGUGCCAUGUAGGAACCCAGCGGUGUAAAUAUUGUGUACAGAUUCAUGGCAGAGCACUAACAUGCUUUAUCGUACUCUAUGUUGAUCUCCAUCAGCCAUGCAGGGGAGCAGCAGGCGGAGCACAGGAAGCAGCCGGCUCCGUCAGGGAGCUUCACUGCACCUGCAGCUGCAUGUGGGAACGAUUUCACUGGUUGACUUUCAUUGACAGAGUUAGUUUCUGUCGUGUUUUCAGGAACAGGAACCAAACUUCAUGUGUUUGUUUCCAUUUGAUCUGGUUCGUUGUAAUUUAGGGACUAAAGAAUAUGUCGUCUGACGAACGUACGUCCUGUCGUGAUUGGUUCGUCGACGGCGUCUGACGUCAGCUGUCACACCGGAUGUUUUGGUUCAGACUAAACUGAAAAGUCUGAAGGUGUCUGAACCCGACAAGGUGUGAACGAGUCCAUUGUGAUAAAAGCAUUUUCAUAUUUAAAAGAAGUUUGAGAACAUUAUAAAUUCAUUUAGUUUUAAUUCAAAUGUAACUUUUCUAAAUUGGUGCUUUCUGCUUGAUCAAGUGUUUCCUUCAGAACAUCUGUUUUAAAUAACAAAACCAAAUAGAACAAACUACUUCUCUUGAUUAAAAGAUAAAAAACCAGCUGGAGAACGUGAUGAAAAACAGAAACUGAAAUGUGUUUAAAUUAAAAUGGCUACUUUUUGACCGUCAGUGAUCCCGGUGGAGUUGCCGUCUUCUCCGAAUUCCCACAAUCCUUUGCCCUGCCUCUGCUCCAAUGCCCUCUACAAGCUAACUAGCUCAGUGCAGAGCCUCUGAUAGACACAACAAUCGUUUAUUUGACCCACUCUCUGAGAUCUGGUGCUGUGCUCCACCGAACCACUGGAGACCCAAUGAGAUCUUUGUCUCUGUGCUGGACGUGUUACUGGAGGACGCCUCUAGGGGGCAACAGAGAGUUGGCGACAGACACUUAUUGUCGAUGUCUCAAAUGGUGCUGAUCUGUCGCCAGAUAUUUGGACAAACAUAUUCUUCACUUCGCAGCGUUAAUGACACAUCGUACAAAAUGCUUCUAAUCGCAGACUUGGUCCUUUAGCUUUUCUUCUGCCAUCCUCCCCCUACGCUGCCCCCUACCUUUCAUUGACAUAUGGCAUCUCGGUGAAGCGUGGCGUUUAUUUCUGCACAACCACCGUGCAGCCGCCAACACGAACCCAGAGACACAGUCCAGUGUUGCAUUAACUCUACGUCCUGAUGCUGCCUUCACAUCAUGUGGAAGCUACAACCUCACAACUUUACAGUCACGUCCAGAUGUUGUGAAAUGCAGCAGAAGGACACAUACAGUGAAUUCUCUCAUAGUCGCCAUGGCUAUCACAAUAAAACUGUGUCUAUCAGCAGCUCUGCCUCACUUACACAACACCUUACCUGCAUAGUAUCAGUGAUCAUUCUAUUACUUGAAUAUAGUGCUAUGAACUCUGUUUACAAAAUGCUGUCACGGAGACACAGUGUUGUCUUAUACAGGCUGCUUGGUAAGUUCAGUUCAUCCACCUGGUGUAUCCAUUUAAUAACACACUCAAAUCGUAUGAAUAUCAAACCUGCUGUUGCUUUUUUAUACUGUAUAUGCCUUAAUUCAUAUGUUUGGCAAUCAUGAUUAAAGGAUGUUUAUAUAUA